AUGGUGUGGUUCAACAGCUUGAAAAUGAGGGUUUACAACAAAUUUGAUGUACUUGUGGAACGUAUGGAUAUUCGUCGGAGAUAUGUGGUUCUUCACCAGCUGCCAAUACUCAUUAAGAUACUAAUGCUAAGCAGUCUCAAGAUAUUCGUGUUGGGGAUACUGAUACGGGAUCAAUUUAUGGGCCAUGGAUGGUUGCUGCUAGUCGGAAGAGACAGAGCUAUCAGGAAUAUCGACAAUAUUGCUAAGGCAGUUGAUCUGUUUGAUCAAAUGUUAUCGAGUGGAUGCUCUCUGCAUCCUAAGGUUUGUUACAGCUUGAUCUCUGGUUUGUGCAAAGCUGGAAGGAUGGAUGAUGCCAGCAAUGAAAUGCUGGAAGCAGGGAUGAAGCCUGAUAGCGUCUCGUAUAACUCUUUGAUUACUUAUUUUUGCAAAACUGAGGAUUUUGAAAUUGCCGGCGAGGUGAUGAAACAGAUGAUUAACCAAGGUGUAAUCCCUACUACUGCCACGUACGGAGCCCUUAUUCAAGCAUACUGCUCGAAUGGAAAGAUCGAGGAUGCAACAAAGCUCUUCAACGACAUGAGUUCCCUGUCAAAGGUUCCACCAAACACACUGGUAUAUACCAGUCUUAUAGAAUCUCUAUGCAAGAACAAUGACAUCAAAGGUGCGCUCUCUCUGAUGGAUGAUAUGAAAGCAAAAAGGGUGAAGCCUAAUACCACCACAUACAAUGCAGUGCUCAAAGGCCUUAAAAAGAACAAUUUGUUGGAAAAUGCAUAUGGGUUGAUGGACGGUAUGAUUGAGAAUGCUUGCAAUCCAGAUUGUAUAACCAUGGAGAUUCUCAGGGAGCUGCUUUCUAGUGUUGAUGGAUCAAAAAAAUUAGAAAGCUUCGUACAAGGAAAAAGGGUUUCUCCCCUUUAG